AUGUCAAAACCUACUGUUGUAUUUUAUCAUAUCAUAAAUGAUAAAGAAGAUAAAAAUUCACAAAACGUUUUUUAUAUUUUAAAGCCUAUAGGUUCCAUAACAUUGAAGGAUAUCAAAAAUGAAUUUCCUUUGAUAGGAACAUAUCACUUCAGAUUUAAAAUUCUUCAUAAUAAUAUUCCUGCUUGGGUUGAUGUUAGUGAUGAAUCAUCUCCUGUGCCUAGUCUUAAUUCAUGCAUAUACGCAAAAGUUUUGAGACUAAGCUGGCUAGAUAAUAAAACGGGAAAGGAAAUAACUAACGAUAAAAAUUUACAUGAUCAAGAUAUGAUGAAAUCAUAUAAAAAUGAUAAAAUGAUUUAUCAUCAAGGAAAUGAAAAAAACCAUAUGGAUGAACAUAUGCAGGAAUCACAGAAAACAAAAAGUAAUAUCGAUAUGUUAUUAUUUGAGACAGCACCAAAUAAAUCUAAUCAAACUAAUGUAAACCAAAAAAAUGAUGAUUCUAAAGAUCAAAACUAUUUUGAUUUAAUGUUUAAUUAG